AACCUCUGCAUCAGUUUCUCUCAAAUCGUGGAAGUAUUCUCUUGUGAUUUUCCAUUCGAUUGAAUUCAAUCAAAAUGGUUAAAUAUAUUCUCAGUGCAGUCGUCCUGGUCUUCCUCGUAGGCUACAUCUCCGCUGGGCCAAUUCCAAAAGAAUUCCAAGAGGUAGCUGGAGAUAUCCGAAAGGUCUGCAUCGCCGAGACUGGGACAACUGUUGAUCUCAUUGAGCGAGCUGGAAAGGGUGACUUUGCUGAUGAUGAAAACCUGAAGUGCUACCUCAAGUGCCUUCUGGCGCAAUUUGGACUGAUCUCGAAGAAGGGGCUAAACUUCGAGCAACUGGUUAAAGUAGCACCACCAGACAUGAAGGACAUGGCAAAGCAACUCGGAGUGACAUGCAAAGACAUCAAGAUAAACGAAGCGGGAGAUCAGUGCGAUCUGGCCUACCACAUGUCAAAAUGCUUCUUCAAUACUUUCCCAGAGCAAUACUUCAUCAUGUAAAAAUAACGAAGAAGACCAGCUUAAUCGGACAACUCUAUUCUCUCCAAUAUAAUCAAAUACAGAUGUACAAAUCUUGAUUUGUAUUUACAAUAUAAUAAAAUAAAUCAUACACUCAAAAUA